AAGCCCCAACUUUAUCUUUCGUCUUACCUUCCGUCUGUCUUGCUUAGCCGGAAACUUCCUACAAGAGCCGCACAACACCUCCUCCUUUGGUUUUACCUUAAAAAACACUCAAGAAACAUCCCUCCCCCUUCGCUUCCCUUCCCUUCCCUCCUUGCCAUUAUCUGGCCUUUUUGUCUCGUGAAAUCUUUCCGUAGAAGCAAGAAAGACGUGUUCUUCUUGUCGUUCUCCGCCGCCGAAGAAGAAGUCCCAAUCCGAUCCCAUCUCGGUGAAUCAAACAUCAUAGAAGAAGAAGAUUAAGAAGUCAGUGGUCGAGAGAGAGAGAGAGAGAGAGAGAGAGAGAGAGGAAGAGGAGGAAGAAGAAGAUGUGUUGCGAGUGCGAUUGCGAGUGCCGGCCGCUGGGGUGGCUGCUGGGCCUCCCCUUCGCCCUCCUUGCUCUCCUCGUCUCCAUUGUCGGCGUCGUCAUCUGGAUCGUCGGGUUGUUGCUGUCGUGCAUCUGCCCGUGCUGCCUGUGCGUGACGGUGGUGGUGGAGCUGGCCAUCGAGCUCAUCAAAGCCCCUCUCCACGUCAUGGAGUGGUUCACCUCCCAGAUCCCGUGUUGAUCUCUACUUGGAUCUUGUUCUUCUUCUCCUCCUCUUCUAUCUUGCUGCGGGAUGAGAUUUCUUUCAGAUGGGGUUUUUAUGCUGCUAUGCUUAUGCGAUCUUUUCUUUUCUUUCUCCUGUUUUAUUCUCCCACAAAUAAUUCCCUCUUGUUUCUUGUAAAUUGGCUAUAUAUUCUUAGUGCUGGUUUCUUCGAUGCCAAGAGAUUUCCUCCCCUUUUGGUGAAGUUAUUGCCAGGGAUUUUUAGUUGA